UUGACAUAAUCUUUGACAAUUUUGUUUUGUUAGUUUUGACAAAAAUGUCACUAAAAUUCUUCGUAUCUUCUUCAAAAAAUGGUAAAUGACGAUGUCGCCGUACCGGAGGAAAGUGAUCUUUCCCUGAAAUAUAAUUCCUGGUACGCGAUCACUCUAAGUACCAUAAUCUGGGCGGCAAGCUACCAGCUUCUGAGAGCUGUAUUGGUGUCAAAAAACCGCGAAUAUUGCUGCCGGAUUUUGAGUUUUUUGCACGGAAUUAUCACCGCGUUUGUUGGGAUAAACCAGUGUUUUCUUAUCGAUACGCCAUUUGAGCACCCGGAAUGGCGGACGACCAACAGUCAACGCUUUUUGAUGGUAUGCAGUCUGGGGUAUUUUAUCCAUGAUUUGAUUUGGUGUCUUGUGUAUGAAAGAGACUCGAAACUGAUGAUUGCGCAUCACGUUUACAGUGUUUGUGCCUUGAGAAGAAUGUUGUAUAAGAACAACUCAGGGGCGCAAGCCACUUGUGCCUUGGGAAGCAUGGAAAUUUCGAAUCCGAUGUUGCAAAUUCGGUGGUUUCUCAGAAGCGAAGGAUAUUAUCCUUCGAAUUUGUUCACCUCAGUUGAGAUCACUUUUAUGAUUAUAUUUUUCCUUGUGAGGAUUGUCCUCGGGACGUACUUUUUGAUUGUUAUUGCGUUUCAACCGAAAAACGACUGGGAUUUUAGAAUUCUCGCCGUGACUAUUUACGCAAUGUCUUGGAUGUUUAUGAUAAAUAUCACCAAGUACUUCAUUAAUAAAUAUGGACUUGGGUACAAAGGAAAUGAUAUUCAACAUAAGGGAACCUGACUCUCGUUUUAUUUGUUCAUUUUUAUGUAUUAAAUAAAUUAUUUAAGUGGAAAACGUCUUUAA